UUUCAAAAUCAAUCUAUUGCUAAUAAAUUUAUAUGAAAAUUCAAAUUUUUUUCCCGGAAAACAGAGCUGCCUAUGGCGUCCACUCCAGUCGAGUGCAGUGAAUACAAGCGCCUGACGAAGAAGAAGAUGGGCAGGCCUUCCCCGGGCGGGAGGUUUUCCGGGCAAAGGCCGGCGUCUGGGUUGCCCAGAGUUUUGCGGAUAUCGGUCACUGACGGGGACGCCACCGAUUCCUCCGGCGACGAAGGGGCUGGGCGGCAGAGAGUGAAGAAGUACGUGACUGAGGUCACGUUUGAUGCGUGGGGACUAGAUGACGGUACCAGGGUUUUCGGGAACGCGGCGGCGAAGCGGCGGAGGAAGGGAAAGGCGGCGCCUCCGCCGCGGAAGGCUGAAAAUGGGAGGAAGUUCAGAGGCGUGCGGCAGAGGCCGUGGGGGAAAUGGGCGGCAGAGAUCAGAGAUCCGUUGAGCCGCCGACGGGUAUGGUUGGGGACGUUCAACACCGCCGAAGAAGCCGCGGUGGUUUACGACUACGCCGCCAUUCAGCUGCGUGGGCCCAACGCGGCGACCAAUUUCACCUCCCCGGCGGAUUCCGGCUAUAACACCGGCGAGGAGUCGCACAACACCCAGCGAUGCUCUCCCAAAUCGGUCUUGUUCUUCAACGAAGGCGCCGAUUCGCUCCUCCUCCGCGAAGCAGACGCCGUCAAACUGAGCCGCGCUUUCCCCGGCGAAACAUCGGAGGUUUUCCCGGAGGACGACUCGUUCGGGUUGGGAAACCCGGCGCCCAUACCCGACCUGUUUGAUGUGACGGGUUGGUCAGACAAAAUCUUUGAAGAAGAAUGUCCUGACAUGUUCGUCGGGUCAAGUCACAAGCUCGGGUUCGGGUCAUCCACGUGGCAGGCGGACGAUUAUGGGGUUUUGUUCGGGUCGGAUCCACGAUUUUGAAAUUUGAAUCGACCAUAGCGAAGUUUGCUCCCCUGUACGUAAGAUGGGAGAAAAAGACCGGGCUAGUUCUUUUUAAAAGAACCGCGUUACGUAGGACAAAAUUUGUUUGACUUUUUUCAAGAUCGGUCGGAUUAAUCGGGUUCUCAUAAAAAGUAGUGGCUUUU